AUGAACGCCGACCCGCCUCCCCCCCAGCUCGCACACGCCGCCGCUCAUCUUCCACAACCAGCUCAUUCGGCUCCCCCCCAUGACGCUCUCACACAAGCGACUGCAGAAACUUGGUUAUCCAUCGCAGCUCUUGCUGAAACUUUGGGAGAUUCGGACCGUGCUGCUUUAGCUUACGAUGCCACUUUACAGCAUAAUGCCUCUUCUACAAAGGCUCUUACUUCUUUAGCUCAUCUUUAUAAGGCUCAUGAUAUGUUCCAACGUGCUGCAGAGCUUUAUGAAAGAGCUUUGGUCAUAAAUCCCGAGUUAUCCGAUGUUUGGGCUACUUUGGGCCAUUGUUAUUUAAUGCUGGACGAUUUGCAACGAGCUUACAAUUCGUAUCAGCAAGCUCUUUACCGUUUGACCAAUCCCAAUGUUCCUAAGUUAUGGCAUGGGAUUGGUAUCUUGUAUGAUAGGUAUGGUUCGUUGGAUUAUGCUGAAGAAGCCUUUGCCAAGGUGUUGGAAUUGGACCCGGGUUUUGAGAAAGCCAAUGAAAUUUAUUUCCGUCUGGGGAUCAUCUAUAAACACCAAGGGAAAUGGGCUCAAGCUUUAGAAUGUUUCAAAUACAUCUUACCUAAUUUGCCAGUUCCUUUACAAGAAUGGGAUAUUUGGUUCCAAAUAGGUACUGUCUUGGAAAACAUGUCUGAUUGGACAAGUGCCAAAGAUGCAUACGAGCAUGUCUUGUUACAAAACGAACGUCAUGCAAAGGCUCUUCAACAAUUGGCUUGUCUUUACGGAAUGAACAACCUUUCCUUUUAUAAUCCUCAAAAGGCGUUGAGUCUAUUGUUAAAGUCUCUGGAAUUCGAUCCCUCUGAUGCAACCACUUGGUAUCAUUUGGGUCGUAUCCAUAUGAUCCGUACCGAUUAUACCGCUGCGUAUGAUGCAUUCCAACAAGCAGUCAACCGUGACUCGAGAAACCCAAUCUUCUGGUGUUCUAUUGGUGUGCUAUACUACCAAAUCUCUCAAUAUCGAGACGCUUUGGACGCCUAUACAAGAGCUAUCCGUUUGAAUCCUUAUAUUAGUGAGGUCUGGUACGAUUUAGGUACGCUGUAUGAGACUUGUAAUAAUCAAUUAACAGACGCCCUAGAUGCUUACAAACAAGCUGCUAGAUUGGAUCCAGAAAACGUCCACAUUAGAGAACGUCUUGAUGCAUUGACUCAACAAUUAUCAAACCCACAGCAUUUGCAACAAUUACAACAGCAACAGCAACAGCAACAACCACAACCCUCACUACUCCAACCUACUGUUCCAACUACUUCUCCACAAUUGCAAAUUCAAAUGCAAUUACAGCAGCAGCAGCAACAACAACAACAGCAACAGCAACAACAACAGCAACAGCAACAGCAACAGCAACAGCAACAGCAACAGCAACAGCAACAGCAACAGCAGCAACAGCAACAGCAACAGCAACAGCAACAGCAACAGCAACAGCAACAGCAACAGCAACAGCAGCAACAGCAACAGCAACAGCAACAACAGCAACAGCAACAACAACAACAACAACAGCAGCAACACCAACAGCAGCAACACCAACAACACCAACAACAACACCAACAACACCAACACCAACAACACCAACACCAAUUGCAAUUACAGCAAGCUCAUAUGAUAAGCCAACCUAACGCUACACCAAUGGUUCUACAACCAGCAUUACAAAUCAACGAUCAAUCAGACAAUCCAUUGAAUGUUAAGCACACUGCCCCUUCCAUCAACCAGUUAACUUCAAAUCAAUCAGCAAUGUCGAUUGAUAGAAUUCAACAACAACCUUUGGCUAAAUUAAACAACCCUUCAACGGAAUCAAUUUUACCUCAGAAACGGUCCAAUGAACCAACAAAGAUGCCCUCCAUAUUAACUAAUGACGAACCAUUGAAUAAGAGACAGAAGGAAAACACAAUGGCUCCAAUCUCAAAUUUGACAAAUCCAACUGCAAAUUCAAAUGCUACUGCAAAUACCCUACCUUCAUUGAACAGCGUCACAAUGCCUCAACAGAAUCUCACAUCUCAACCCUCUAUAUCCGCUAUCACUCAAAACACUUCUCCAAUCAAUUCUUUGGUUAAUCCAAAUUCAAACGCAUUUCCGGUAGCAACUUCUCUAAACUCGGUGAGCUCGGUGGUAAACCCAGUAACAACAAAUGCAACCGCACCGGUGUCUGUUUCGCCAGUAACUGAGGCUACAACUGCUGCUGCAGUUUCCCCUCCUACUGCACUUGCUCCAGUGAUAACCGCUUCUGAAUCUGUUGCUCCUGCAGCUGCUUCUCCUGUAGCUGCAAUUGCAACUUCUACUAUACCUGCUCCUGCAGUGGUUUCGCCUGUGGUUUCUCCAGCAGUUACUCAUAAACCUUCAACUACACAAUCUUUAGCUACUUUGACUGAAGCUUCAACAAGUGAACAACCUAUACCAGCAGAAGCUUCAAACGAGACUCCUCCUGUCGAGGCUUCUGCUGAUGCUGUAACAGUUAGUUCAGCUGAACCAAAGGUCGAAACAGAAAAUGAACCGGAAAAGGUGGAACCUCAAGUAGAAGCUCAAGUCGAAAAACAAGUAGAAACUCCAACGGAAGCCCCAGUGGAAGCCCCAGUGGAGACCCCGGCAAAGCCUCCAGCAGAAGCCCCAGCAGAAGCCCCAACGGAAGCUCCAACGGAACCCCCAGUAGAAGCUCCAGUCGAGGCCUCAAUGGAAAAACAAGCUGAACCUCAAUCUGAACCUCAAUCUGAACCUCAAUCUGAACCUCAACCUGAGGCUCAACAAGAAAUUCAAACUGAAACUCAAGCUGAAACUACUCCUACAUCAGAAUCAGCUACUACUACUACUACUACUACCACCACUACAACGGCAACUUCUAAUACCCCCGUUGCUCCUGUUGCCACUCCCACUUCUACUCCCUCAACUGCACCAGAAGAAACUUCAUCUGCACCAGUUGAAGCUGUAUCUGAAGCAGUCCCUACAACUUCUCAAGUAGCAGAACCUAUUACUUCAACCUCUCAAGUUUCGGAGCCUCUUCCUGCAACAUCUCAAGCUUCUGCUGAAAAUACUGUCGCAGAAUCUGCUCCUGCAGAAACUCCUUCCACAGAAACUCCUCCUAAGGAAGCUCAAGCACCUGCAGAAUCAUCAUCGGAAAUUCUAUCUAAUGAUGUAUCAUCUAAUGAAAAUCCUUCUACUACUACAGAAUCUGCAUCUGCUCCUGCUCCUGUGCCUGCGCCAACUUCUACUACUGCAACUUCCCCCGCUCCUCCUGUUGUCGAAUCCAAUGAAACUACUUCUACAACAGAAACCAUCAUUAAGCCAACUGCUGAAGCAAUGGAGACUUUAAAAGAACAAGUUCAAAAUAGAUCAGAUGAAUCUGUUACACCAACUUCGGACACUCAAAAAGCUGACUCUAAUCAAACUAAAGAUACUACUUCAACCGCUCCAAUUACAAGUUCAAUGGCAUCUUCGGGCUCUGCUACUGAAACUACUACAAAUGUCACUGCAAAUUCAUCCACUCCAAGUGAAAACGUCGUUAGACAAGUUGAAGAAGAUGAAAAUUAUGAUGAUUAA